AUGCAGAAGGACGAUGCGGAAGGAGGACGCCUCGUCAAGCGGCAAAAACUCGUCAACGGGGCCGCAAAAGGGAGGAGCGUGCCUGGCGCAUCCCGUGUUUUUGCUCCCUACCGGACGGUCGGUCUGGUUUCUCCAACCGCUGUCCCAUUCACCAGCGUCCCUCUCGGCAAAACCACCUUUCAACUUACCACCUCCGUGGGCCGGAGCCUCCAGACGUAUGACCUUCGCAAAGGUCUGAACCUCGUCUUCAUCACCCGCCCGCAGACGCCUGAGACCAUCACCGCCAGCGCCGCACGGAAGGACAAAGUCUUUGCUGCAUGGGGCGGCGACACGGUCAAAUCCCAGAGAGGUGUGUGGGUGUUCAAGCGCGGACGGCGGGAAGCAGAAUUGGAGUCUCCCCCGAGCUGGACCGAGAAUGUCCAGUCCUUUUGUGUCCUUGGAUCGUGGAUGGUCGGCGUCUGCCAGUCCCAAAUGCUGGUCUGGAACUCCGAGACAUACGCGCUCUACACCAUCCUAAAGGGCAUCUCCCCGGUGCCAUUCACCGCCUGCAUCGCCAACGUGCCAACUUUGUUGAACAAGGUCUUGGUCGGUAGGCAGGAUGGCAGCGCAGAGCUGUGGAACGUCUCGAGUGGAAAAUUAAUCUACACCAUCCUUCCUCCGUCAACAUCAUUUGGAGCUGUCACCGCCAUUGAGCCAACCCCCGCACUCUCUCUUGUGGCUCUUGCCUAUGAAAACGGUCAGCUGCGCAUUCACGAUGUCCGCACCGACCAAACCGUCAUCCAGCUCUCAACUCCCGCCGCCCUUGCCGUGACUUCAAUCUCCUUCCGUACUGACGGAAUGGGCGCCGGCGAUGACGGUCGAAUCCCUGGUGUCAUGGCUACCUCGUCUGUGCAUUCCGGCGAUGUCACACUCUGGGAUCUCAAUGAGGGUGGAAAGAAAGCCGGAGUCUUGCGCGCGGCACACGCGCAGCCAACGACAUCCUCCCCCGGCGGCGUCAGCAGAGUGGAGUUCCUCUCUGGGCAAGCUGUGCUCGUGAGCAGCGGGCUCGACAACAGUCUCAAAACCUGGAUCUUCGAUGAAACCCCCUUCAGCCCAGUCCCGAGAAUUCUUCACUCCAGAAGUGGACACGGUGCACCCAUCACAAAGCUGCACUUCCUUCCGUUCGCUUCAGAUGGUUCCGACGACACAGGCAAAUGGCUGAUCUCCGGAAGCAAAGACCGGAGUCUAUGGGGAUGGUCCCUGCGUCGGGAUGGCCAGAGUACAGAGCUAAGUCAGGGCGCCGUACAAAGCAAGGCGAAGAAGCAGGGCCUUCUCUCCGGUAGCAAUCGUGACAGCCUCGAAGCUUUGAAGUGUCCACCGGUGGUUGCUGUGGCUUGCAGUCUGAAUCGCGAUGGUGGAAUUGGUGCUGUUCCCGGCAAACAUCCCAUCUGGCAAGGAGCAAAAGGCAAACAGGUCAGUGCGGAAGUCAGUGGGACAACCGGCUGGGAAAGUGUCAUCACUGCCCAUGAAAAUGACAAAAAGGCUCGAACCUGGUUCUGGGGCCGCAAGCGCGCGGGCCGAUGGGCAUUUCAAACAGGCGACGGGGAUAAUGUGACUGCGGUAGCCAUGUCGCCGUGCGGUACCUUUGGUCUCAUUGGAUCGGAGAAGGGGGCCAUCGACGUCUUUAACAUGCAGUCAGGAAUACAUCGUCAACGCUUUCCUGCGCGCUUGACGCCACUACAAGCUAAGCAGUUGAAGCUCGACGUGGAGAAACAUGGUUUGGUUGAAGAAGAUGAUGGGAAGAAGAAAUUCCUCCGCGGUCAAGGGAGACAUGCCAGUGCCGUGGUGGGCCUGGCGAUCGACAACCUCAACAAAACGGUCAUGUCCGCGGGUGCAGACGGCAAGGUCAAAUUCUGGGACUUCAGAUCCGGCCUGCUGAUCCACGAAAUCAAUUGGACCGUCUCGACCGGCAUCACGAGCAUGCGUUUCCAUCGCAGUUCAAAUCUGGCUGCUCUCGCUUGUUCUGAUGGCGCUGUUCGCGUCGUAGAUGUAACGACAUUCAGGCUCAUCCGUGAGCUCUUCCCUUCUCGGCCUGCUAUUCCAGAGCUGAAUGGUCUGACGAUCAACGACAUGGCCUUUUCAUUCGAUGGACACUGGAUCGCGGCUAGCAUUGGCUCUCUCGUUCUUCUUUGGGACUUGCCCGCGGGCCAUCUUAUCGAUGCUUUCAAGACACGCACGGAAUGUACCAGCCUUGCAUUUUCGCCCACCGGCGAAUUCCUGGCUACCGCGACUGCAGGCAGCGUCGGCGUGGACGUGUGGAGCAAUCGUUCGCUUUUCAUGCACGUCCCCGCUCGACGUUUGGGUGAGAAGGAGUUGUCACAAAUCGUUGCCGGAGACACUCAAGCUCCGACUUCGAGCGGCGAGGGCGGUGAGAGUCUCGUGGCAGCUCAAGCCGAGAUUGAGGACGAUGACGCGGAUCUUGUCAACGGGCUACCGGAAAUCGAACUGGACGAGCUAUCUUCAAACCUGCUCUCACUUUCGCUUGUGCCGCGCUCCAGAUGGCAGAACUUGUUGCACAUGGACCUUAUUCGGCAACGAAACAAGCCAGUCGAACCGCCGAAAAAGCCGGAGAAGGCCCCAUUCUUCUUGCCAUCGGCGCAAGACCGUCAAUCUGAUAGUAACGCCUUGCUCUUGCAGGAAGCCGAUGCGAUGACAAUGGAACAAGAACGAAGCCGUAUCUCCAGGCUGCAUGCUCAGGGCAUCAAGAGUACAUUCGGCGAGCUGCUGCGCAAUAUCCAUGACGAACAAGACUACGCACGAUUCCUGGCGCAUCUCCAAUCGCUCAGUCCUGCCGCGGCCGACAUUGAGAUCCGAACAAUGACGGUGGAAGGCCGAGACAUGGUGACGUUUGUUCAGUCUUUGACGUGGCUGCUUCAGCAGAAACGCGACUUUGAGCUGGGUCAAGCGUGGAUGGCCGUCUUUCUUCGUGUCCAUGGCGACAUCGUCUUAGGCAGUGAGGCUUUGAGAGAUGCGGUUGCAGAGUGGUCACGAGCACUACAGGCAGAGCGAAGAAGGGUGCAGAGGCUCGCGGAUUACUGCAGUGGACUUGUGGGCUAUAUGCGGGCCGCUAGGGUGUGA